AUGACUACGUCUUCCGAGGACGUAUUGCUCAGUGUUAGCUACGUGAGGUUCAAGAAGGGUGAUGGCACUUUGUAUGUUAUGAACCAAAGGUUAGCAUGGAUGUUAGAAAACAGAGACACAGUUGCUGUAUCACAUAAAUAUGCUGACAUUAAAACACAAAAAAUAUCCCCAGCGGGCAAAGCAAAAGUUCAAUUACAAGUGGUGUUACACGAUGGGACAUGUUCUACGUUCCACUUCGUCAACCCAGCUGGUGCUGAAGCCCAGGCUAAAGAUAGGGAUCAAGUUAAAAUGCUGCUGCAAAACUUACUGCCAAAGUUUAAGAGACAGAUUGACGAAGAGCUGGAGAUGAAGUCAAAACUAUUAUCAUUACAUCCUACAUUGAAGCAUUUAUAUGAAGACUUGGUGAUAUCGAAGGUGAUAAAUAGUGAGGAAUACUGGAACACACCCACACUCAAAACGUAUACGGAAUCUAAUAAUAUUAAGCAGGAAGCUGGUGUGUCCGGAGCAUUUUUAGCGGAUAUACAGCCGCAAACUGACGGUUGUAACGGAUUGAAAUACAACCUUACUCAAGACAUAAUAGACGCUAUAUUUAAAACGUAUCCUGCUGUCAGAAAGAAACAUGUUGAUUAUGUACCGAAUAAAAUGACUGAAGCCGAGUUUUGGACUAAGUUUUUUCAGUCUCAUUAUUUUCACAGAGACCGCAUUGCCUCAUCGUCUAGUAAAGAUUUGUUUGGAGAAUGUGCCAAAUUGGAUGACCAGGCUAUUGCCUCAGCCAUGAAACAUACUACUCUAGAUCUCACAGUCGACCUCCCACAGUUCACGGAAAACAUCCCCUUACUACCGUCAGAAGAUGAAAUAGCGCCAGAGAAGGAGAAAGGAGACAAUGCAUCUAUACACAGAAACAUGAUCAAGCGGUUCAAUCAACAUUCUAUAAUGGUGCUCAAAGCUAGUCAUAAAACAAAUUCUAGUAAUAAUAAUAAUAACUCAAGUAGUAAAACGACAAAUAACAACAAAGUCGUCGAGAACGGUGUUAAGGAAUCGAAUGGAGUAGCAGAGAAGAGAACAGCAGAAGAGAGUAGUACAGAAGCACCGGACAAGAAGAAGAGAAUAUUAGAGAAGAUACAUUAUGAAGAUCUAGAAGAUAAGCCGGGUAAUGAGGAUGCACAGGAAUUGAAAUUGUCUAAGAUAGAAAGAUACCUCCUAGGACCGUCGAGUCAGUCGCAGCAAACACACACACAUACACACAACGCACCUCCUUUAUCGGCGCUCUCUUCGAUAUGUCAGGCAUGGUCAAGCGGCCAGCAAUGUCAGCGUCCGGUGCGAGUGAGUGCGAGCGCGUGUGUGGGCGCGCUCGGGGAGCUCAGUCCCGGCGGGGCACUCAUGAGGCAUCAUCAGGCCGCUUCUAUGGCGCAAUUAAUACCUCCAGACGUGAAAUCAGAGCUGCACCGUAUAUACCUGUCCGGUGGCGAGCUACUCAGGGAACUGUGGCGAUGCUUCCCACAGCCCGGCGCCGCCACGGACACAGAGGACGCCACGGCAAAAGCAGAGAAGUUCUACGAAGCACUGCUCAGAUUUAGGAAUGUUAAAUUGAGGCCUUUUGAGGAGAAAAUGCUCCGCGAAUUAACGCCGCUAGCAACAACGUUGACGCGGCAUAUGAAUCAAAUGAUAGACACAGCUUGCGCAAAGUACGCGGUCUGGCAACAACGCCAAGCCAAACUGCGGUAG